AUGACAGCCAAAACUAGACAGAGAAAGUCGUAUCUGUGUAUCAAUUGCAGAGAUAAGAAACGCAAGUGUGAUAGAGGAAAGCCCUGUUCUUCUUGUGUAAGGCUGGGAAUAGCUUCAACAUGUAAAUACAACACACCGACACUUACCGUGCUAGGACCAGCGUCCAUCUUAUAUGAUAACGAAAAUGCUUCCAGUCUAGAACCAGAAGGUGAAGAUGAUAUAAGAGACUUCUUGAGACUCAAGAAUCCUGUCGGAAUACCUGGAGGCAAGAUCAACUUCUUCAAGCUCUUGUGCAACAACUUGAUAGAGCCAGAUUACAAUGUGUUUUCGUGGAUUAAUGUCUACAAAUCGGACCCGGGAAUGAGGAUCUACUUGAAGAACCUUCCUCUGAAUAGCAAGCUCUUUGUAGAACAAGUAGUAGUAGACGACUUCCACAGAGACGAUAUUUUCAAGGGUCUUCUCAAUCUUGAAUUGGACGAAUUGUACAGACGGUCGGUGGGCCCGGACCUGGAGAACAAGAUAAUACACAACGAAGAGGAAUUGCUACUCGCCAUCAGAUCAGUAUUGCCAAAUACCGUAAUUAUAGCAACCCAUGUGGAAAAGUUCUUCUCUGAACUAUACCCCGGUUUUCCAUUUUUAGAUGAAAGCGCAUUUAGGAAAAGGCUAAUGAGAAUGGGUAAUGGACCUCGAAUAACAGACGAGAAUGACUGGGCCAUCAUUGGUAUAUUACUUAUAAUGGUGAGAAUAAGCUAUUUGUCCAGUCUCUGGAACAUAUCUGGCAGUGAUAGGUUAGGAGCUGUUGCAAACAGAGCCGACUACGAGCUUGUACUGUCGGCUACUAUAGGCCCUGAAUUUAUUCGAUUAGCAAGAAGUUGUUUAAAGCAAUAUGAUCUCCAGUCUAGAAAUUCGUUGUGGGUUCUACAAUGCAAUAUCUUCCUCCAGAUCUAUGAGCGGGUUUCGCCUGAGGAAGGAGAGUGUGCUACAGGAAAAAGCAGUCAAAUCAUUCAUGCCUCGUUGAUUCAGCAUGCACUAUCAUUAAAGCUCCACAUUGACCCAGACUUGCUCCCUCAGCUAUACGGCAAGAAUGAAAAGUACAAGAAUCUCGUGAGAAAGAUUUGGCAUUUCCUCGUUUCUUAUGAUUAUUUUGAUAGUAUUAGCUACGGCAAUUAUCCUUCGACUACAAAAAUGGUGUUUAAUACAAGGCUACCAACUCAUAUUGAAGGAAAUGAGAAUAUUCAGGAUACAAAGUUGGAAAAGGAAGUUCUUGGUUCGUUUGAAUUUCUCGACUUCACUUAUGGACCAGUGCAUGACCUUUUAGUUGAUAUCCAGAGCUUGAAAACCGAUCAUAAAAUUGAGAGAAUAGUUUUUCUUGCAACUGCAAUAGAGUCUACUAUUGCUUCAAUAAUUGGACAAGUUGAUACCUUUUUUUCUGUUGAAACGAAUCCCAGUACAGAUAAAGGAAUUAGAUUUGCUCUCUUUCUAUACCUCAAGUUCUUUCUUUUAACAAUUUUUUCUUAUCUACAGCUGUAUUAUGAGAGGACUAAGCAGUAUGAAACGGCAUUUUUCUACUUCAAGAAAGUAUUAAUUAUUGGAUCUUAUGAAAUAUUGCCAGCAAUGUUUAGAUUGGUUGGUUCAUUUGGAGACCACUUCAAGAAAGAGACAUUCAUGUUGACUCCCCAGAUUAUCCAAUUGUCAUGUCACAGACUAAUCAUUACCUUAGUUUCAGCAUUUAUUCGAAUCGAAAUUACUUUGAAGAGCAAUGGUCAGGAGCUAUCAGGUCUACAUGGGGUAAAGAUCAAAGUAUUGCAGAUACUUCAUUUGUUUCUUGUCAACGCGUCUGCGUUGAGUAUCUAUGUACAUUAUACGUGGAGAGUGAAAAAGGCACUAGAAUUUGCAUUGAGGAAGAUUUUUGACGGACAGCUCUACAAACUUCAAAAUUUGACAGAAUUAGAGAUAUCAAAGGCAGAAUUGAAAAUUCUGAAGGAACAAGUUGCUGAUUUAGACAAGGCAUUACAAUCAGCUCUUCUAGCAAUAGAGAAAGCUUGGAAACCUUCACUUCCAAUUCCAUUUGCGUCGAUUGAUAACUUGGAUUACAUUUACGGACCUAAAAACAGAGCACCCUUCGAAGCGUAUGAUCGAUCCGAACCAGAUAGAAUGUGGUACAAAGUUUCUAGUUGCAUGAGUAAUGGGUCCAAUCUGAAGAUUAGUCGAAAUAAUAUUCCUAAUAAGCUACAACUAAACAACGUUGAAUAUGACUUCAACAUCUUCAAAGGGAUGACAUUUGUGGAACAGGGCUAG